UGAGCAGCAACAAAGCAACAACUGCUGGUUUUUUGAUAAAAACCAGGGCGGAGAGUUAAAACUUUUUUUUUUUUUUUUUUUUUUGUUUUUGUUGGGGGUCUAAUUUAUAGUUUCAGUUCGUCUCUUCGCCUCUUCUUCACGGAAAGCUUUCAACUUUCUCUCUCUCUCUCUCUCUCUCUCUCUCUGGGGGGAACGAGGGCGGAGUUAAUGAUCCGCAAGCGUUGAUGGGGAGGUUGGAUCUGUUUGACCCCCUCGGCACGGGCUCAUUGGCGUAAUGGCGAUUUGCUUGUCCAGCUAAUCGGAGUCGAACGCGCCCAUGGAAGAGUCAAGCGAAGCGCAUUCUGCUGAAGACAAGGCAUCUUACGAGAAGAACAGAAGGCGCUUCAAGACCCCAACUCAGCUUACAGCUUUAGAGAACUUCUAUAAUGAGCACAAAUAUCCCACAGAGGAUAUGAAAUCACAACUUGCAGAGCAGAUUGGAUUGACAGAAAAGCAAAUAUCUGGUUGGUUUUGCCACAGAAGAUUGAAGGACAAAAGGUUGUUGAGGGAGGAGGUACAUGCUGAUGGACGGCAAGAUCGUUCGAGUGGAGUUGUUCAAGAUCGUGGAAGUGGACUUAGGCAAGAUUCUUGUGGCAGUACCAAGCAAGGGGAUCGAAGACUUUUUGAUCCUAGGGAGGUUGAAAGCCGAAGGCUCUAUGGCCAAAAUUCUCCUUCCGCAGAUCUUACCUUUGAGCCUAAGAGUCACUAUGCAGGCAACCUUGCUCCGCUGGAUGAUGCAUCUUCAGGAAGUAGUUCGGCUUUACAGGAUGGGUUUGGUUCUCAAGGCACAGAUAAAUACGACAAUUGUAGACCUGUGGCUAAACAUGAAGGCAUUUCUUCCUUUAAUCGCAUCAGUGCCAACGACACGAGAUAUAGGCCAUCUGGAUAUUUAAAGGUGAAAGGUGAAAUAGAAAAUGCUGCUAUUACUGCUGUCAAAAGGCAAUUGGGUAGGCAUUACCGGGAGGAUGGUCCUCUACUUGGAAUUGAGUUUGAUCCUCUUCCUCCUGGUGCAUUUGAGUCACCUCUUGGAGAAUCAACCUAUGGACCACUCUAUGUGGAGGAUCCUACUCUGCCCCAAUCUCCAGAAAUUUAUGGCAUCGAGAAGCAACCCAGUCUGAACACCCAGCAUGAAGAAUAUAAUUCGAAGUUCAGUUCUCAGAAAGCUUAUGAAGAAGGGGAAGAUUUCAGCACUGUAGAUAGGCUUGAUUACAGUGACUAUCGGCCACAUAACCAAUUUAAACAAAGAUACACUCCUAGCAGUCAAAUAGGUGAUCUUGGUGGCUGGAAGUCUUCAUCACAUAUGCAGGAAUAUCCUACAGGUGAUGCUUAUGCUUGUAAUAAUGGAAGGAGAAGUGGAUUAACAUCAAAGCAUGCUGCAGAAGGGUUGAGAUCUGAUUAUGCAUCCGAUCAUCUUCACUCCACCAGUGCAAAAAUUACUAGCAGAAAAAGGGAGUCUUGGUUGAAUGACUAUGAUGGCGUCCACACAGAAUUUGUUGAAAAGAGUGAGAUUGUGAGACCUAGACCUUCUAAUCUGGUGCUCCAGCAUAGCGAGUCUUUCAAUGCAGGGGAGGGAGGGCCAUCUAAAAGGAUCUCAAAGGAGGAGAAACGCUAUCGAGAACGGGAGACAACCGUGGGAUACAUUGAACCACUCAGAGAGAAGAUGCGUCCACCUAAGGAAAUGGCAUCUGCGAAGCGGGUCAGAACUAAGUUUGCGCAGCAAGAUUUUGUGACAAAAACAUCAGUAGUCAUACCUCCAUGGAAGAAGCAGAUGAAAGGCUCUGCUGCACAGAUGCCAUCUAGCUUGAGUAAUGAUGAAGCUGCAGACACAAGCUCUUCGCUAGGGUAGGAAUCCUACAGUUGGUGGUAGAAAGCAUAGCAAUCGACUGAUUUUCCUUCAGGAGGAAGCAACGAUUGUCAAGCCCCAUCCACUAACAAAAAUGUAGAUGGAGGAUGUAUAGUUGGAAAGAGAAUGUCCAUAUUAGCCACAAAGGCCAGCUUAUUGUUUUGUCAACAGAGCCUUAUCAAUGUUUUGCUGUGUAUUGUGGGCCUUAGGCUACUUUGUUAGCUUAGCAUUUUUCAGAAGUUCAGCUUCUUCAUUUAGGAGGAGGAUUGAAGCUUGAGUGUAAAUCUUGUUAGCCUGAAGCCGUAAGUUGUAGAGCUAUUUAAAACCUGACAUGAUAGGUUAACCUGGUAUGCUGACUGCUCCGCGAUGGCAAUGCUAUGACAGUAAGCUCGUUGUGACAGGGGAGGCCAAAGCAUGACCUGAAUUUGCAAUGAAAUGUUCCCGCCAAUGCAGCUUCAACCUUAUGAGUUUGCCGCAUUCAUCCGUAUCACAUUCACAAUCUAACAGUGACGUAGCUUUAAUGUUGACAGA